AUGGGGGAACAGACAUUUAAUAUAGAUGACAACAGUCUGGAACAUCAUAUUAUAACGUUGUUCGAUAAGUUGGAGUGUUUACGUCGGGAUGCUACUCAGAGUGACAACAUGCUGGCCGGUCGUGUGCCGGCGAGGCUUGAAGUGCGGACUCUGUCGUUGUGGAAGGCUGUGGUGGCCGAGUGUGCUGCGUCCUUCCUGUAUGUGUUCAUCGUGUGUGGAGCGGCCGGCGGGGCUGGUGUGGGCGCCUCGGCCUCCGCUGUGCUCCUCGCCAACGCACUCGCAUCCGGCUGCGCCAUAGCUACAUUAACAUUAUGUUUCGCUCAUAUAUCUGGAGCCCACAUAAACCCGUGCGUGUCCGUGGCGCUAUGCGUGCGUCGGCGCGUGUCUCCUUUGCGGACAGCGCUUUACAUAGCGGCGCAGUGUGGAGGCGCUAUUGCUGGCGCGGCCGCUAUAUACGGUGUAAGUGUUCCUGGUUAUGCUGGUGGAUUAUCAGCGUCGUUGUCAGUGGGUGCGGGUGCUGCUUGGGAGCGACUUGGCUCUGAGUUGCUGCUAUCAGGGCUGGUGGCUGCUGCCUACUUCGCGGCUAUGGAGAGGAGAUGGACUGGUGCUGCACCAGCGCUACUCGGAGCAGCGUAUUGUGCUGCCAGCUUUGUCUCCAUGCCGUCUCUAAACCCCGCUCGGUCCCUGGGCCCGUCCUUCGUGUUAUCUCGUUGGGAGAGUCACUGGGUCUGUUGGGUGGGAGGUCUGGGGGGAGGUAUAGCCUGCGCCCUCCUCCACGAGUGGGGCACGCGGCGUCCUCGCGGGAACUCCAACUCCCGCGCUUCAUCUCCGAGGGAUCUGGAUGAACUGGACAAACCCGCGUUCCCGAGUCACCACCAUUACCGUCAGCCAACGUACUGCGCCGCCGCUCCUCGCCCUGACACGACCGAGCCUCUGUACUCCGGCACCAAGUCCCUGUACUGCCGCUCGCCGCCGCCCGCGAGACACACGCUCCACAGGUCUCAGUCAGUGUACAGUAAAAGCAGCAGUGGUGGAGCGGCUGUGGGCAGCGUGGGCGUGAGCACGGCCGUGGGCGGCGUGGGCGCGGUGGCGGCCACGUCCCUGGCCACAGCUCAGUCCCUCCUGCUGCGUCCUCCGCACACGGUCACCAUGAACCAGAACGUCCACAACGCGCAGAGAGACCCGGCCUACGGGAACACCGCUAAUGGGGUCAGACCCGGACCUGCAGGCUCCGCGGCUCCUGACCGUCGCGAGUCCCUGUACGGAGCCCGGCGCGGCCCCCUCUCGUCUGAGGACAGCGCGUACGGGAGCUUCGCCCGCGGGUACCGCCCGCCCGACCACUACUAG